AUUUUGCCCUAGCCGUCAGCUUUCUUUCCCUCUCUUUUCUUCACGCUACUUCGUCGCCGCUUAUUUAUAUUUGAUCCCUCCUCGGACUCUGCCUUUCACCACGAUCGCGGAAAAUGGCACCAAAGAAGGCUGUUGGAAAAGCCUUGGCAAAAAAGAAGCCGGAGAAGGUGGUGAAUCCACUAUUUGAGAAGCGUCCGAAGCAAUUUGGAAUUGGUGGGGCAUUGCCGCCAAAGAGGGAUUUGACACGGUUUGUUAAAUGGCCUAAAGCUGUUCAAAUUCAGAGGAAAAAGAGGAUUCUUAAACAGAGGUUGAAGGUUCCACCAGCUUUGAACCAGUUCACUAAGACCCUUGACAAAAAUCUUGCGACAAACCUGUUCAAGAUGCUUUUGAAGUAUAGGCCGGAGGACAAAGCACAGAAAAGGGAGCGUCUUGUAAAGAGAGCUCAGGAAGAGGCUGAAGGCAAGGCACAUGAUGCUAAAAAACCUAUUGUUGUGAAAUAUGGUCUCAACCAUGUUACCUACCUCAUUGAGCAGAACAAAGCACAGCUGGUUGUGAUUGCACAUGACGUGGAUCCAAUUGAGUUGGUUGUUUGGCUCCCAGCCCUUUGCAGGAAGAUGGAAAUCCCAUAUUGCAUUGUGAAGGGAAAAGCACGAUUGGGAGCGAUCGUCCAUCAAAAGACUGCAUCAGUUCUGUGCUUGACGACUGUAAAGAAUGAAGAUAAGUUGGAGUUCAGCAGGAUCCUUGAAGCUAUUAAGGCAAAUUUCAACGACAAAUACGACGAGUACAGGAAGAAGUGGGGAGGAGGAAUCAUGGGCUCUAAGUCACAGGCUAAAACUAAAGCCAAGGAGAGGCUGCUCGCCAAAGAAGCUGCUCAAAGAAUGUCUUAACUUGAAAAAAAACCAUGGAGACUAGGUGUUAUUAUUUUUGGUUCGUUAGUUUCUUCAGCAUCCGAAUUUUGAAGUGUUUUUGUUUACUUAUUAUUUGCUGAUUUCGGAUAUAGUUUUGAUGUAGCGCAGACCCUUCCCCUUUGUUAUUCAUAUUAUAAUGUAAUUUCAAGGGAGUUUUUCUUUAAA